AUGGAUAAGAAACAUUUGGUGCUGAUGGGUCCGCCAGGUGCCGGAAAGACAACCACCAGUAAAUUAUUGGGAAAAUUAUUGAACAUACCAGUCUUUGAUAUUGAUGAUGAUUUAUUGGAGGUUGUAUGGAAUAUGCCAGUCUCUGAAAAACUUUCUCAGGUUGGUGAGGAAGGCUUUAUUCAAGCUGAAGGAAAAGCCUGUUUGGAAUUGAGGAUGGAAUCAUCGGAGCCUACAUUGAUUGCUCUGAGUGGGAGUGUUCCUCUUCAUAGGGAUGCUAUUGAGAAUAUUAGAAAACAGGGAGUGGUGAUUUAUUUGGAUAUUCCUUCGACGAUUAUUGAAAAGAGAUUGCAUGAAAUGAAGGUGGAUCGAAUUGUUGGAAUGAAGGAGGGACAGACAUUGGCCGAUUUGUUGGAUUAUAGAAAGACGUUUUAUGAACAGUUUUUUGAUGUGAGAGUGGCUUGUUCUGUGGCACAACCUGUUGAGGAGGUAGCUCAGAGAGUUGUUAAUGCUUGGAAUUUGUAUAGGAAUGUGAAUGGAGAACAGGAUUAUGUUAGUACGAGAGGAGGUCUAUUGGAUGCUGGAGUUUCAUUUUCACACGUUGUUACAAAGGGUUUGGCUUUGGAUGGAGGUCUCUAUGUUCCAAGAGUUUUGCAAUCUUGUUCAUUGAAUGAGUUGGCAUCUAUGGCCUUGUUAAAAUCAUAUCAGGAUGUUGCAUUGAGAGUUUUGGAAAAAUUCCCACUUGGAACAGAGUUAACCUCACAAGAAUUAAGAAAGAUGAUUGACACUACUUAUUCCACAUUUUCACAUCCAAGUGUUGUACCACUUUCUGAGAAAAUCUCCCCUGAAAAACAUCAAUAUCACAUUGAAUUAUUCCAUGGACCAACGGCAGCGUUUAAGGAUGUUGCCCUUCAAUUAGUUCCUAAACUAUUUGUUCAUGCCAAGAAUCAAUCAGAGGAAUUGAAAAACUCAAAAUUCUUAAUACUUACCGCAACGAGUGGAGAUACAGGAGUAUCUACAAUGGAAGGAUAUAAAUCAGAGGCCGAAGCAGGUGUCUCAGUGCUUGUGUUGUAUCCUCAGGGUGGUGUAAGUGAAUUACAGGAGAGGCAAAUGUUGUGCUCUCAAACUGAAAAUAUUCGAGCUGUUAGUGUGAAAGGAAAUUUUGAUACUUGUCAAACAAUUGUAAAGGAAAUUUUCUCUGAUAGAGCGCUAGCAACAGAGUUGGAAAAUACUUUUGGACUCAGACUUUCAAGUGCUAAUUCAAUUAAUUGGGCAAGAAUUAUUCCUCAAGUUGUUUAUUAUGUGACAAGUUAUUUGGAGCUUUACAAGAGGUCUGUAAUCAAACUUACUGAACCCGUUGAUAUUGUUGUACCGAGUGGAAAUUUUGGUAAUUUACUUUCUGCGAUAUUUGCUUGGAAAAUUGGAUUGAUUUAUGUGAACAAGUUCAUUUGUGCCUCAAAUGAAAAUUGUAUAUUAGCCGAUUUUGUAAAAACAGGAAUUUAUGACAUUAGGGAAAGAACUUUACAAAAGACUACAUCUCCUUCAAUAGAUAUACUAGUAUCUAGUAAUAUUGAGAGACUCUUAUAUUUGAUUUGUAAUAAUCCAACUCAGGUGGCUCAAUACAUGAAACAAUUAUCAGAGGAAAAGUGCUUUGAAGUCUCUCCAGAAAUUAAGGAAUUUUUACAAACCAAGUUUGAUUCAUGUACUGCUAGCGAGUCGCAAGUUGCCCAAACUAUUAAUUAG